AUCGCUGCACCAUGCUGCACGUAGCCAAACGACCAUUCUUUCUGCUAGCCGGUGCCAGUGUCAGUGCCAGCGCCAGCUUCGUGUAUCUCGGCGAUGACGACAAAACUAGGAAUAUUGACUCAAACGACCCAACAAUUUCACCAACUUCCAGACGCAAUACGAGGCGACAGAUUCGAUCGAGAACGUUAAAAGCCACGUCGAGACAAGAACUGGGACUGCAACAAAGUUUAAUCCGCGAUGUGGCGUGUUGGCUGUCGUCCGCUUCUGUGGCCUCCACGCGUCAAACAUUCACAACCCCGUCACUUCCCUAUCCGACAAUGGAAAAAGGCAAAGAAGUCCUCGAAGUGGCGAUGACGAACAGUCUGGUGUAUCAAAGUCUCGUGAGCUGGUUACAACAGAUCUCCCCCGAACAGAACGGAUGGGAUGCUGACCAAAUUCUGGGCAGCUCCAGCUUCGCCAUGCUCGUGAAUUUAUUGUCCGAUUCGGAUAACAAUUUUUCACUCCAGGGAGAUUUAGAGGAAGAAUUGUACCGCGCUAUGAGCGUGUUGUCGACUAAUCCGCAGUGUGCGCAAGCCAUUGCAGAAAGAGCGACACGAUACGGCAAGCAGGCGUUGCUGAAUCUGGCCGAAGUGCACGAUAAUGACUCGAGAGUGGGGGAUGCACUGCAUCGACUGGUAGCUUUCGACAGCAACAAUUGCCACUUUGGACCGGCAAAUCUGGCGUCACUCUUGUCAUUGGCUGUUGCAGAUGUACCGGAUCCAUACCUCGAGUUCGCGUUGUGGGGGUUAACCAAGGCUGCAACGCCCGAAGCUGUUAGCAGACGCUACAAGUUGCGGAAAGUGAUUUUUGGAGAUGACAGUACAGCCAAGACACGUCGAAAACUUAUCAAAAGUGAUAAAUUGUGGGACGCACUGGCUGGAAUUGGCCAGGAACGCUCGAUACUCGUGCAACUCCAAGCUGCUCGACUCAUGAAUGAGCUCAGCAAUGACGUAGCAGUGGCACAAAGGAUGCGACGUCACGCAGAUACUAUCGUGCGGUGGAUGAGCUCUUCGAAUGAAGCUCUGGCGUGUUGCGCCAUCGAGAUUGUAGCCAAGUUAUCUGAAGUCGACCACGGUUUACAACGACAACUCAUUGAUGCUGGGGCGCUGGAUACGCUGCGAGCUCGUAUCCUCGAAGACUCGGACCGUCAAGUGACUGCAAAACUGCUUCAAGCGAUUCGCUACCUCGCCACUCCAGCAACUACAGACGCAGCUUUUGUAUUGGAUCAAGACGCGCUGUCAUUUGUCAGCGAUUCGGGCGACGGUGAGCCUCUUUACGACGACGAUAUCGAGAACAUUAACGCUGUGCUGAGACACGGAUACGUGGAUGGCUGGAUCGAGCUCUUCACUGCGUUUCUAAAGAGUGGAGACGAGAACAUCCGGGAGGAAGCAGCGCUGUGUCUCGAGCAGAUGGCGACGUAUGGUUCUCACAAGGACGAGGUGGUGCAGGAAUGGCUCGUUGCUGUCUUGGACUCCGUGCUGGAUAGAGUCCCUCUUGAAGUCGCCCAAGGAGCUUGCAGUGUACAAGAAGCGAGGUCUCGCACGCGACCCAUUCAAGGCAAUACUACCACCACUUUGUCGUACGAAGCAUCUCACGCUAAGGCCCUAAGAGCUUUGGCGUUCGUCAUGGAGCGAACCGAGUGUCAAGAAGAGCUGGUUCGUCGUGGAGGUGUUCCGAUUUUCCAGAUUUUACUGCGAGCAGAGAACGAAUCGGUGCAACGUGAGACUGCGCGUGUACUGGCCAAUCUGUUCGCGUGUGACGACAUGGCCGACGCGCUUCGAGACUUCACGAUGGACGACUGUCAACUGGAAGAAUCCCUUGAGAGAUGGACAAAGUCUGAGGACAUUCGACUGGAAGCGAUGGCACAUCGAGCUCGUUCGAACCGAAGAUUCCAGAUGUCACGUCAACGAGGCGUAGCUAUGGACAAUGAGGUGAAGUAUCUCGACGGUAUUCACACUCUCCACUUGUCUGGAAGUUCGAGAGACCAGCAAAGCGAGUACGACGUUGAUAUCGUUUUCCUUCAUGGACUACUGGGAUGUCCAUUCGGUACGUGGACGUGUGGGGAGGAGGAAGACACGGUGUGGGCUCAGCAAUGGCUGCUUGAUGAUAUGAAGCAGGAAGGUCUUAACCCACGGGUCUUGUCUGUGGGCUACGACUCGCAACUCCUCGCAUCCGGGUCUAUCUGGAAACCCAUGUGCUUCGAGGAAACUGGCAGCGAGAUCCUAUCACAGCUCAACGCAGCGCGUGUUGGCUCUGGCGAUCGCCCCGUGGUCUUCGUGACUCACAGUCUUGGCGGUGUCUUGCUAAAGCAAGUUUUAUUGACUUCCGAGUCACAAGAGAACGAGUCGAACCUCAUUGACAACGUGAACGGCGUUGUGUUCUAUGGAGCUCCUCAUCAUGGCAGUCCUGUAGCUCAGAGGAUCCAGACCUUUAAGCCUCGACACAUCACCCAGCAUCCAGUUACUGAACACUUGCAUGGGACUCCUCAUCUAGAGAUGCUGAACGACUGGUGCUCGGAGGUGUUUGAAGAGAAGAACAUCCCGUGUCUGAGUGUGGGCGAGAGUUUGCCGUGUCGUCUUCCUGUCAUUGGGGUCGAGGCGUUGGUGGUGCCGUCAGCUUCGGCAAAUCCUGGCUUCGGCGAGUUUGUGCCCAUUUCUGAUGCCACGCACGUAGACGUCUGCAAGCCAGCGAGUGUCGAUGACUUGCGCUACAAGCUGGUACGGAAGUUCAUAUCCAAGAAUGCAACGACGAGAACCUCAAGCGUGGGCUGCGGCGAUCUCCUUUAAGGGUUAAUAUU